UAAAAAAUCAUCAUAUAAUAAUCCAGAAAUUGCAAUACAAAAGAAAAAGGGAGGUUUGUGAUGAUUUUUCAAUCUUUUCUACUAGGUAAUCUAGUAUCCUUAUGCAUGAAGAUAAUCAAUUCGGUCGUUGUGGUCGGACUCUAUUAUGGAUUUCUGACCACAUUCUCCAUAGGGCCCUCUUAUCUCUUCCUUCUCCGAGCUCAGGUUAUGGAAGAAGGAGAAGAAGGAACCGAGAAGAAGGUAUCAGGAACAACAGGUUUUAUUAUGGGACAGCUCAUGAUGUUCAUAUCGAUCUAUUAUACGCCUCUGCAUCUAGCAUUGGGUAGACCUCAUACAAUAACUGUCCUAGCUCUACCCUAUCUUUUGUUUCAUUUCUUCUGGAACAAUCACAAACACUUUUUUGAUUAUGGAUCCACUAGCAGAAAUUCAAUGCGUAAUCUCAGCAUUCAAUGUUUUUGUUGGUUGGUUAAUUGGUCACAUUUUAUUCAUGAAAUGGCUAUUAGAUCUAAUAAGUACCUUGUGUCAGAAUUGAGAAAUUCUAUGGCUCGAAUCUUUAGCAGAAUGCCGUCACCUAUUUUUACUAACAAACUGAAACAAAUGCUAGAAACGAACGAAAUUGAGGAAGAAACAAAUUUAGAAAUAGAAAAAACUUCCGAAACGAAGGAGACUAAACAGGAAGAAGAGGGAUUCACCGAAGAAGAUCCUUCUCCUUCCCUUUUUUCGGAAGAAAAGGAGGAUCCGGACAAAAUCGAUGAAACGGAAAAGAUCCGAGUGAAUGGAAAGGACAAAACAAAGGAUGAAUUCCACUUAAAAGAAGCAUGCUAUAAAAAUAGCCCAACUUCUUAUUCUGGGAAUCAAGAUAUUUCGAAGUUUAAACCNAUUGGCUGA